CUGGCGGUUUCCUCCCCGCCGCCGGAAGUCCCGCCCUUGCUUACAGCCUGAGGCCCUCCCCAGGAAGCUGUAGCUUGGGCGCGAAGGACCCAGGAGACCAUGGGCACCUCCAGGCUCUACACCCUGGUGCUGGUGCUCCAGCCUCAGCGAGUUCUCCUAGGAAUGAAGAAGAGGGGCUUUGGUGCUGGCCGCUGGAAUGGCUUCGGGGGUAAAGUCCAGGAAGGAGAGACCAUUGAGGACGGGGCUAAGAGGGAGCUGCAGGAAGAGAGUGGCCUGACAGUGGAUGCGCUGCACAAGGUGGGCCACAUAUCAUUUGAGUUUGUGGGUUCCCCCGAGCUGAUGGACGUGCAUAUCUUCUCUACUGACCACGUGCACGGGACGCCCACAGAGAGUGACGAAAUGCGCCCUCAGUGGUUCCAACUCGACCAGAUCCCCUUUGCAGACAUGUGGCCCGAUGACAGCUAUUGGUUCCCACUCCUGCUCCAGAAGAAGAAGUUCUGUGGGUACUUCAAGUUCCAAGAUCAGGACACCAUCCUCGACUACUCGCUGCGUGAGGUGGAUGAAUUCUAAUACGGACGUCUGGCCUGUUCUGGCCACAUUCAGGUUGCUACACAGCCACAAGCUGUUGGUCCAAGGGCACCACAAGGAGGGGCUGGUAUUUUCUAUUGGAAUGUGAAAUGUCACUGAUAGAUUACUAUGCCUGAAUGUGAAAUGUCACUGAUAGAUUAAUAUACUGGAAUACUUUGUCUCCA